CUGCAUUGAAGUGAAGAGACGGCAACGGUUUCCGCACUCGCGAAGAUCCCACCGCCAAUGGAGCCGAAGUCCGGCAAGCUGCACAAGCUCGGAUUGGGCUUCUUUGGGCCCAAAUGGACCGAGAAGUGGGUACAUCUGGAUGGCACGUUGCUCAAGUGCUUCCCCAUGGCCGUGGAGCAACAGAUAUUCUCGCUUGGCAGCUCGCGUCGGAAUAGCUCCUAUGAGCUCAUGGACUACAAGUUUGCGGUGGCCGACGAGAAAAAAGUGAACCGCAAGUUUGCCUUCCAACUAGAGGCCAAAACGAAGUCGUCAAAGUCAGUGACGUUUGCGUGCUCGUCCGAGAAGGAGCUGGCGGAGUGGAGGUUCGCACUUACGUCGCGAUUAUGCCUUCCCGCUGAUGCUCCUGUUUCUCCGGUAAUCACCGAGAAGAUUCGUCGUGCUGCUGAAGCCUUCUCAGAGAUUGAUCCACGGAACACAGGGAAAAUCGAUUCUGGAAGACUGCGUGGAUUGCUUCAAACUAUAGGCUGGGAGUGGAAGGACUCGGAGAUAUCGUUGAUGCGCCAACAACUUGACCUUGGUCGCCAUGGAGUCAUUACUCGAACAAGGUUAUUGACUUGGCUUCAGAGCUACUAUUGUGCACAAGAAGUAAUGGCUCGGGUGACAUCGGAGCGAGCGAAUAAUCAGAUUGCAGUAGAAGUUAUCAAGCCUCCAGAGCAGCCGGAGAAAAUCUCGUCGGGAAGCUCAAAUACGCGUGUCUCGGCAUCAAAAAGCUUACUUUGCCAAGGAAAAGCUGAUUGGAACCAAAGAUAUAACGCCCUCCGAGCUCCGGAUCCUUCAAACGAUUUGUUAACUACCGGAUCAGAAGUAUCAGGAAUUCUAGCAGAGUUUCGACAAGCAGCCGAGAUACUAGUGAGUGAAAUCGUGGCUGAGAUGGCACUAGAGGAUAUGGAAAAGACUUUGCGGCCUCAAAAUUUUGAUGGAGACGAGUUUUUUGCGACGGAUGAUGUUCAGCAGUAUAGCGCGCUGCUUCCUGUGAUGCAGAAGUUCCAUCGUGAUGGACUCCUGGUUUACUUGUGCUCUAACAGUUCAUCAAGUGGUGGAGCCCAUGAAAAGAAGCAAAACGCAGCGUCAGUGGCCAUUUUCCACAGACUGGUCGGCCACCAAGUUCGUGCUGCGAGGGUACUACAUGAGGCAAUCGAGGAAUUCAACAACGAUACCCAGUCAAGCUGGCAGGCCAUUACACUACAGAUUCCGCUUCAGUGCAUUGUAGAUCAUCUCGGUUUCCGAGCAUUCGUUAUUGCGUCUACAGACCCAGUGGUGAAAAGUACACGACGGAAAUUGAACAGCCAAGCGAAGAAGAAUCACGUCAAGCGACUGUACGACCAGUUAAAACUUGUAUUCGACAAUCUUGGACUUCUCACUGAUAGCCUUCACACUGAAGGUGACGACCAAAAUGUUUCGUCUUCCAACGUUAAUGUUCCAGCCUUCUUUCCUGUCAGUGCUGGGUUUACUGUCGAGACACGAGAUGGCGCUACAGUAUUCAAGUUGCAGAAUCUUGCCGAUCUUAUCCCUGCCGAUGUAUCAAGCGAUGAUCCUGGAGCAAUUGCUCACGAAGUUUUACUGUACAAAAUGCGCCCUGAAUUCGUUCGGAUGCAUGGGAACAGCUUGCCGCUUCAUUCUAAUACCCACACAAUCAUCGAACAGGAAUCCUCUGCGAAACAACCGGCCUCAAAUAAGUCUCAGCUAGAGACACAAUUGCUUCAGCAAUCCGCUAUAAGUGCGCAAGAAUGCUUGCAAACUGUCAUCAUUCCAGAAUUUGUUGCAGAUUUGGAAAACGGAGCAGUUCAAGUGAUUGACAGUCAGUCGUUGACUCGGGCGUUGCACGGAGCUGGCAUCAAUGUUCGCUAUCUAGCUUGUUGCUACGAGCUGGCAUCCCUCAAACACAUCCGUCGGGCCUUGCUUGCAGAGAUGGUAGCUCGCGCUUGCAAGGUCGAAUUCAGAGCGUCACUGCGAACGAUUCUUCCAGAAGCUACAGCUACGAUAUUAAGACAGGCUAAAACACCCGAGACCUGCGGCUCUAAUGAUGACUAUGAGGACAACAGCGACAUUAAUCAUGCCACAGCUCGAGCACUUGCAAAGUUGGCUCUCCAAGAACAAGCUUCACAAGUAACGAUGGAGUUUUUCAACCUUGUGCUCGGUACUUCGUCUCCAGAUUCGAAAACAUUUUGGGAAGAGAGGAUUCUGCCGCAGGUUUAUGCCAAAUUCGGCAUUGCACGCGAAGCACUUAGCCUGGACGCUAUCGUCAGCGAGGACUUACUUCACAUGCCACAGUUGUUCCACGCGCUUCAAGUCCAGACUGGUGUGUGCUUCAGCGACCACAUGAAUUACAGUUUUAAAGGCGCAAAACCUCUUACUCUCCAGCACAUUCAAUGCAUAAGUCCCUGUACGACACUGUUGGCUCGAACAACGGUUGCAUGUGAAAGAGUUUUGCAAAACGCCGACGCUUUCCUCGCCGAGAGAGAACUGAGCAGUGCACUCUCAAGCAUCAUGUUCCAUAUCUCCAUACUGGAAACCGCUCCAAGUGACGAACGCAACUUGUCGCUGUGUCAUUUGCUCACUUGCGCUGCCAAUAUGUCACUGGCGAUGAACUUGCCCGAUCAAGCAAAGAAGUUAGCAACCUUAGCGAUUGAGGAAUCUCCGAAUAAUCACGCUGAGCAGACACGAGCGUACACGAUUCUCAUGAAAUUUAAGCAUGCCUCUGGUGACCUGGCUGGUGCUCAAGAGUGUUUUGCAAAGGCGUUGGAGCCCAUUCAGUGGCACCUCGGACCCGUUCAUCCUUUGCUUUGCGAUACGUACAUGAUUAUGACCGAAAUCCUCGGCGAUCUGGGUGAACCGGAGCAAGCAGUGGAAAUCCUGCAGAGUUGCGUGGCACUUGUGCGCGAUUGCUUUGGUAAGACUAGUCUUCUUUACGCUGAUAUCAGACGGCAGCAAGGAAUGCUGAUGUUGGCAGCAAACCCCAUCGAUGGCGAGGCGAUAAUUGGGGUGUUGGAAGACGCGUUCUCCGUGUACGAGAAGCAUUUCCAGGAUCCCGUGGAGGACGUGCCAAUGUACAAAGAGUUUGCUGCGGAAUGCUGUUAUCUGCUUGCAAAUCUACGAACACAAGUAAGUGGGAGUCAAGCUGCCCAAGCGGCUUACGGAACUGCUCUCACAGGCCUCGCUCUUCGAAAAGAAGUGCUGCCACAGAACCAUGAGGAAAUAAUGAAGUCAUACCUGCAACUUGGAAGCUUAUCACGAGAAUUAGGAGAACACUUUCGGGCAGUGGAUUACCUUAAGCCAGCACUUUCCAUUCUCAAGACAAUCCACGACGAUGAACACAUCGACCAGAUUCGCAGCGUCACCCAAACUAUGCUUCAGUUGCAUCUCCAGACGCUAUCGCUGGAAAAGCGCAACAUCCUCGAUAAAACAGCAACUCGCUUCACCCAGCAAUGCUCACGUUUUGCGUUACUAUCUGCAAAAAUGCUGCCAGAGAACUCAGCUAUCACUGGAUCAGACGAUGACGUUAGUGAAGAGUCAUCGCUACUAUUAUGCGUCAUGAAGAAGCUCUUCCAGCUCGAUCCGAUCGAGUACGCCGACCAACUCAUAGAGAAGACGGAUCUCGAGUUCCAAGACUAUCGCAAGCAGUACAACCUCAACUUCGCCGGUACGGUACGUCGCAGUAACGCUGACGCGCCAUCGCCAACGCGCUCAAUGCUUCGUUCAUCAAGCGGUCGAUUCGCUUCCUUCUCUGGCGCCGGGACUUUCUCGCCUCCAGGUUCCCCUCGUGCUCCUCUGUCUCCAAUGCGUCACCCCACACUCUUCCCAACUUCUCCUCGCGGUCGCACGUCCUUCAACCAACUGGACUGCAACUUCCUCAAGACCAGCACUGGAGACUUCACAUUCGGCGCACAACUAGCCGCCGUGCUCUUCCUCAUCGAUCAUCCUGCCGCCAACAGUACUCCAUCCGAGCCUGUAGACACCAAAGUGUAGCCAUGCUUACUUCAACAUGUCACUAAUCAGAAUAAUGACAUAAAAUCACAAUUAC